AUGCGGCACACGCACCACGACGAAGCCGUCAGGCGAGAAAUACUUGAGCGCGACCUCCUCACACGCGGCGCUCAGUGUGGCGGUGAACAUGAUUGUCUGCCGCGGCAGCGGGCACCGCUCCAGCACGGCGAUGAGGCUGUCCUGCUGGUGCUCCUCAAUCAUGCGGUCCGCCUCGUCCAUGACGAUCAUCCGCGUGUUGCUGAGCGCGAGCAGGCGUUGCUGCAGCAGCGACUCGAGCUGCCCAAGUGUGCCGAUAACGAUGUGCGCGCCCUGCGCGAGCGCAUCGUACUGGUCGUCCGCCCGCUCGCCACCCACCACCUUCACCACACGUAUCUCGUCCAGCGUGUUGUGCUGCGAUGCCGCGUUGCUGCUGCUCUCGUCGCCCACCUCCUGUCGAUACUCCUCCUGCACCAGCUGCUGCAGCUCGCUGGCGGGGGCGCCCCGCACGAAAUGCAGCGCCUCACACGUCACUUGCUCGGCGAGCUCGCGCGUUGGCACCAUCACGAGCGCGAGGGGCCCGUGGGCGAUGAGUUCGUCGUUGCCCAGUAG